CAUGCAGUUUGCUGACCGAAACCUGGGCUUUAACGAACGGUGUAAGAGCAUUAUGAAGGUGGCCCGUGCCAAACUAGACCUCAUUAAGCCAGAGGAGAUCAACAUGGAGGAGUAUGAGAUGUGGCAUCAGGACUACAGAAAUUUCCGCGAGACAACAAUCUUCCUGAUGAUUGGCUUGGAGCUGUUCCAGAAGAAAAGCUUUGUGGAGGCAUUGAUGUACCUGAUCUACUCAUACCAGUACAACAGAGAGCUGUUGGUCAAAGGGUUGUACCGAGGUCACGACGAUGAGCUCAUAGGGCUCUACCGCAGAGAGUGCCUGCUGAAACUGAACGAGAAUGCAGCGGGGAUGUUUGAGUCUGGUGAGGAGCCGGAGGUGAGCAACGGCUUGAGCAUCAUGAAUGAGCUGGUGGUGCCAUGCAUCCCCCUAUUGCUGGUCCACGACAUAGAGAAGGACCUGCUGUCUGUGGAGGACAUGAGGAACCGCUGGUGCUCCUACCUGGGACAAGAGAUGGAGCCUAACCUUCAGGAGAAGCUGACGGACUUCCUCCCCAAGUUACUCGACUGCUCGACAGAGAUCAAAAGCUUCCACGACCCUCCCAAGCUGCCCACCUACUCCACCCUAGAGCUGGUUGAGCGCUACGGACGUGUCAUGGCCUCCCUGAGCCGGGUGCCUGCAGACGGGAGAUGAGCUGAGGGGGCAGCAGCCACACGGCCCUAUACGGCCCCACGGGCACUCACUCAUGGAUCUCUUUUAACCCAUGCCUUCCUUAUAAACCAGGGGUCGCUAGCUGUUAUUCCUCUGUUUCUCUUUUGCUGCUAAAGGUUUUAACAAUAAUAAUUUCAAUUAUAUUUUUUAAGCAAAACGCAACAGAAAAAUGUAUGAAUGAACGGACAGUUGAAAAGGAAAAAGUGAAGCUGGAAAAGUAGUGAAAAUGGCGAUCCUGCAGUGAUUGAAAGCCAGCGCAUGCUGCUCCAAGCUUUGUUAAAUGAGGUUGAGUUAGUUUUUUUUGUAGCUGUUUUUUGUUGUCAUUCGGUUUGUCCCCUCCCCUUUCUUAAAAAUCCCUUUUCCCCUUCUCCCAGCUGCUCUGCCAUCAGUUUGGUACAGUAUUAUCAUAUUGGUUUUUUUUCUAAAGGAAGCGACGAAAUGAGAACCAUGAGAUUUAUCUGCGGCUUCAGGUAUCUCAAGUGGGUCUGGGGACUGCACCAAAAUGAGAAGUUUUGAGUGCUGUGGUAGACAUCCAUGGACACACUGUGGCUUGUUAAUAAAUCGAGAGAAUACAAUUUUAUUUAUGGCUCUUUUAGGCCAAAUACGUA